AUGUGGAAGAAGCUGCUUAAGCUAAGACCGAUAGCUGCAACAUUUAUUAAAUUUGAAGUAAGAGAUGGGAAAUCCACCUCUUUCUGGUUUGAUAACAGGUUAAAUGUGGGACCUUUGAUUCACAUCACCGGUGAAGUUGGUACAAGAAUUUUGGGUGUAAGCCGUAAUGCUAAAGUUGCUGAUGCAGCAGAGGGAGACAAUUGGAAAAUCAGGCAGACGUGCGGUCUCCAUAUUCUAGACAUGAUCCAGCAAAUCAGACAAGCUCCAACGCCAUCGAGUUCAGCUGGUUCGGAUCGUGUACUAUGGUUGCAAGGUCCUAAUAAAUACGAGAUGAAGUUCUCCACCCGACGCACUUGGGAGCAGAUCCAGCAAGCUCACCAUGUCGUCCCCUGGCAUAGUAUUGUCUGGUUCCCUCAAGUUAUUCCAAGACAAGUCUUCAUAUUGUGGCUGAUGUUUCGAAAUAGAUUAUCCACAUGA